AAGAAGGCGGCCAUUUUCUUCGGCAGUUCUUUUCGCGCGGAGCCCGCUGGGUGAUGUAGUUCGCUGCCCGGACUACCACACCAUACUUUGACUUCAUCCUCACCGCGGCACAGUUCACAACCCCCUCAGACCGCGACCCUACUUCGGUGUACUACUUUACAAACAACCGCCGGCCCCGAAACUCGUUUUGAUCCAUGUUUAAAGCCUUUGUGUUCGUCCGGGGCUCCGGGUGAAAGACUCGGUUUCCCAGCCUGCCCCGGUUUCCCCUCCCCAUCUCGCGCCUUCCCUCGUCUCUCUCCAGUCCCAAAGUAGCCUCGGUGUUGUUGUUGCGAUAAUGAUGGCGGCGGCGGCGGCGGCGGGAUCCGGAUCAGCGGCACCUGCGGCCGGGGGAGGAUUGAGCACCUCAGCGGUUGCACGGGGCCGCUUCCCGGGUCGGCCCUGGGGCUCCCGGAGUCGGUUGCGGUCAGAGAAACGCUCCCAGGUCGGCAGGCGCUUGGUUGAACACGGGGAUGCUGCGGGAGGCGCCAGGCCUUGCAGCCUCGGCUUUGCGCCGAAUGAAGACCUGGCUUUGAUCCGCCUGCUCGGGCUAGCGGUGAACCACUGCCGCCUCCGACAGGCCGGAUACAGCUCCAGCGGGAGCGAGGAGGGAGAUGAUUUCAAAGGCUUUGACCCAGACGGGGUUCUCGGGAGUCCCCUGCGCUCUGGUCAUCGCUAUCACAGAAGCAAAGCUCCAAAAACAUCAGCAACAGUGGACAACUUUUCCAAACAGUCCCGUGAAAAACCACCGCCCCCCGCGCCCGACCCAGGAGAAGCGAGCACGGCGUCCGCCAGUAAAAUUUCCAAAAAGGUUUUUUCUAGGACUCUGAAAAAGGGGGGGCGCGUUCCCGCAUCCCCGAAACGGAAAACUGCGGUUUCGAAGCCGCAGAAUAAAGAAAGGACCGGUCUGAAAGGGGAGAGGGCUGCCAGCCUGCCUCAGAAGACAACGAAAAAGGAAGCUCCUUCCAGAGCAAGUCAGAAGGACAAGCCCAGCUCCUCGAGGGCCAGCGCAGCCUCUUGGAGAAGCCAGCCUCAAACAAAAGGCUCGGCGAAGCCCCGGAUCACGAUCAAACUCGCGGGCAGGAAGAGCAGCAAGAGAGCGGCGGCUGCUUUUGGCAGGAAGCCCGUGAAGAAGCUGAAGGUGGUGGGGUUCAAGUACGUGUCCAAGGCCAAGAAGCUCGCAAGCAAGCCGCCCCCCAGCGCUCACGUCAAGUUAAAGAAAGGCAGGAAGUCUGCCGACGAGGGGCCGGAGCCCGAGAAAAGCAAGCAGACACGGCAGCGGCCUCCUGCCCAGGGCAGAACGUCGGAGGUGAGAACGGAGGGCAGGAAGGCAAAAGCGAAAUCCGACGGGGCAAAGGCCAAGCCGGAAGCGAAGAGGGAGAGUAAACGAGCCGCGAAGGCUGCCGGCGCGGUGCCGCAGAGCGCCGGGGAAGCAGGAGAGGGCGGGUCUUCUGCAGCCGACCUUCAGGAAGGGCCGGUCAGUGAUUCUGCCGUCGUCGAGGAGGACGGUAAGGUCAAGAGGAAGCUGAAGGUCGGGAAGAUCCUGGGGCUGAAACUGAAGAGAGUGCGGAACCCGGAGGAGCCCGGCCAGGACAGCUCGGCACCGCAGGCCGCCGCAGGGCCUUCCUCCGGCAGCGCCUCCUCCUCCUCCUCCACCUCCACGAAACGAAAGCAAAACAAGUACGUUUGGACGUUGACUUUGGUGAAAGGGAAAGGGAAGGCGACCAAGGUGCCGCGUUCUGCGGGGCUUAAGAAGAAAAAGACGACGCCGGCGACGCAGACCCCAGAGACGACGGAGGCAGAGGGAGAGCCGGAGGAGGACCAAGCUGUCGAGGGAGACCGAGGAUGGGUCGUCGAAAGCAAGCCGGUAGAGCCGGCUGAAGAUACAACAGAGAGGAAACCAGGCAGACGGCAGCAGUCUUUGGGGAGGGGGAGGAGGAGGAGGAGAGGCAAGUUAACUGAGAAGGAGAAGGAGGAGGAGGAGGAGGAGGUGGCGGCCGCGGCGGGAGAGCCCACCCCAGACGCGGAAGCCCCAGCCUCGACCUCAGAUGUGGAAGCCCCAGCCCCAGCCCCAGCCGACCCAGAGAUCGUCGAGAAGCCCCUAGAGCCCCUGGUCUCCUCUCGGAAAAAGCGAGCCGCCAGGCGGUCGUCAUUAUCAGUCAGGCGGAAAGCAAAGGCCAGGGGGUCCAAAGUUGAACCCGCGGUUGGGAGCGACGUAAAGACCGUCUUGGAACCGGAACCGGAACCGGAACCGUCGACAGAGUCGGACGUGCCACGGGGACCCACCGCGGUCGGGAAGAAAGGCCCCCGGCGCCCGAGGUCCACCGGUAGGCGGAAGGCGAAGCGGCAGCAGACGGAUGUCAUUAAUGAAAUCCCCGCCGUUCCCGCGCUCCCGUCCCCAGACCUGCUCGACCCGGCGGACGCGGAGAGUCCUGUCGUUGCUGCGGCGCCGCCUACACCUACGCUGUCUCCAAAGCAAAGGAGGAAAAGAGCAACGGCGCCAACCAAGUCCGGGGAUGCUGAACCUAAACCCGAACCCGAACCCGAUCCGGCGGACCUUGGCGCCGAAGGCCCCGAGAUGCAGGCCCGCUCCACAGACCUUAUCCUAGUCUUGGACCCCCCUGUUUCCGAAACUCGGUCGGAAUUGGCUGUGCGAAGUUACGGGAGAAAGCCGUGCAGGAGACGAAGGCCGUCCGCCAGGCGGAGGAGGAAAGCUAAGGUCCGCUUGACCAGGGCUGCAGGUGAAGAGGCUGCAGGUGAAGAGGCUGCAGGUGAAGAGGCUGCAGGUGAAGAGGCUGCAGGUGAAGAGGCUGCAGGUGAAGAAGCCACGUCUUCGGUCCUGCCGACUAGACAGAGGCUGGCGGGCGUGGUGAAGGCCAAAUACAUGCGGAAGCUGGCCACCCCCUUCCUGCCUGCCAAAAGGCCAAGGGGGAGACCUCUGUCCCUGGCCAAGCAGGCUCAGAGGGAGCUAGCCCAGCAGCUGCUCUCCAACGCAGGGAAAGGCGGCGGCAGCGACAGCCAGCAUCCCGCCUCCAAGGACCUCCAGCGGGGGAAGUCGAAAUUCCUGAAGAACAUCCGGCACUUCAUCAUGCCGGUGGUGAGCGCUCGCUCCUCCAGGGUCAUCAAGACCCCCAAGAGGUUCAUGGAUGACGACGGGAUGUCUGUCCUGCCGCGGAGGAGCUCCCCCAAGAAGCCCCACGGCCGGACCGCCAGAGAGGCGAAUAAAGAAGCAGACGAAGGAGAAGGGGGCGAGGAAGGUGACGAUGAUUACCAGUAUCCUGAACAGUUCUCCCCGGAGAUGGAUCUGUCUCCCGGGGACCAGGAAGCCUUUGACUUGUUCGACCGUCGAGCUGCUGAGGAAGCCCGGGGGCGAGCGGGUUUGGAAUCCAGGCUUGCAUCGGAUGCCGCUGCGUCGCCCGCCGCCUUACCGGGCAAGCGUAGGUCGGCGCUCAGGGAGCCCAGCUUCAGGUGGAGCAACCUCGCCGGAUCGGCUGGAGAGGUCUUCUCCUUGGUCGGCAAGCAGGCCUUCGACGACUCCCUCAAGCUCCCGGAAGUAAUUCUGGCUUCUCCCGGCCCGAAACGGGCUGCGUCGGCCCAGCUGUCCCACCGCGAAACCCACCUGAAGAUCUACGAGUCCCUGAAGAAGCUCACGGCCCGGGCGGGCAGGAGAGCCGAGGAGGAGGAGGAGGAGGAGGAGGAGAGUUCCCCUGCUCCGAAUUCGGGAGCCGCUCCUUUAGACCGGGAUGAUGACGACCCCGAACCGGGGCACCUGACUCUCUCCCUGCCAGCUACUGUCGGGCAGCUCCAGGAGAGCUCGGAGGAGGAGGGCCUCCCGGAGAAAGAGAAGCUGAAGAUCGAGGACAUGGACUCCCCCGGGGUGGUGCGGAAAGUGGCCGUGCGGCUCCGCUCUCCGGGGUCCGAGCUGCUGCUGGGAGAGGGCUCGGACGAGGGCGUCGAGGAAGCCGACCAGAGCACGGGAAGCGACCGGGUGGAGGUGGAGGAAAGGGGCACCUCUCACAAGAUCCGUCUCACCGGAGCCAACAAGAGGAUGUUUCACCUGCUCAAGAGGGCCAAGGUCCAGCUCAUCAAGAUCGACCAGCAGAAGCAGCUGAAGUCCACGCAGUUGCUGUCGGGGACUGUGAGGGCCGAUCCCAAGGAGCCUCCCGGCGCUGUGAAGCGGAGGAAGGUUGUGAGGAAGAGGAAGGCUCGGCUGGAGAGCCCCCCGCAGGAGGAGAGUAGCGCACCUCAGGAGCCGGCCCCGGCAGGACCCCGUAUCAAGCACGUGUGUCGAGACGCAGCGGUGGUCCUGGGGCAGCCGCGGGCGAUGGUCCCCCGACGACGUCCCUCGACUCAGCGCCCUGCCGCUGCACGAGAGGGACGGCAUCGCAGCCUCGCCCCGCGCAGAGGCCGGGUACAGACAGGAGAUCCUCCGGCGGCCGCUGCUUCCAGCACGGGAAGAGGAACGUGCGCUGCGGGACUUGCAAGGGCUGCCUGCACCAGCUGGACUGCGGGGAGUGCGUCAACUGUCUGGACAAGCCCAAAUUCGGGGGCCCCAACACCAAGAGACAGUGCUGCGUGGUUUAAAAAAUGUGACGAAAUUGAAGAGAGGAAACAAAUGCGGCUGGGCUACAGGACCAACAAAGGUCUCCCUCUGAAGCGACGGCGGUCGCCGGCGAGCGCGUGCCCCACGAGCGACGACGAGGAGGCGGCCGAGCGGGCGGAGCUGAGGGUGCCCGACUCCCGCAGCCCCUCCCUGAGGACCCAGCCGCGCCGCUGUGUGAAGCAGCGCUCGUACUGCAGCCUGCUGGAGUCGGACGACUCGGAGCUGGAGAUGCUGCUGGCAGCCUCCGCCUCCCACUCCACCUCCCCCGGGCGCAGGAGAGCCAGCGGGCACAGAGGAGACUUUGCUUCCUUGGACGGCAGCGGGCGAGGUGGGGACUCGGAGGAGAGCAGCAGCCGACUUCGGAGAAUGAACAUCUCCAGGAAUCUGCAGGGGAGACGGAGGCCUGACAAGAGUCAGCUGGACCAGACUCCUCCCAGUGUGCUUGCUGCUCUGGUCAGUGGCUUCGCUCGAAGAGAGAAGGAGCCCUCCAGCCCGGUGCACAAGAUCAGGGUCGACUUCAAGGAGGACUGUAACCUCAGGAACACGUGGCUGAUGGGAGGGCUCAGCAUCCUGGCUUCUGUGCCCGUGAUGCCCCAGUACGCCUGCCUGCUGUGUGCCAGCAAGGGCCAGCACGAGAUGCUGCACUGCCAGGUCUGCUGUGAGCCUUUCCACCGCUUCUGCCUGGAACCCGGGGAGCGCCCCCUGGAGGACAACGAGGAGAACUGGUGCUGCCGGCGCUGCAAGUUCUGUCACGUCUGCGGCAGGAAGAACAAGCAUUCCAAGCCCCUUCUGGAGUGCGAGCGAUGCCAGAACUCGUACCAUCCUGCCUGCCUGGGACCCAACUACCCUAAACCCAACAAGAGGAAGAAAUCGUGGGUGUGCAUGACGUGCAUUCGCUGCAAGAGCUGCGGAGUGACCCCUGGGAAGAGCUGGGACUCGGAGUGGAACCACGACACCAGCCUGUGCCCUGACUGCACCAAGCUCUACGAGCAAGGUAAUUACUGCACCAUCUGUUCCAAGUGCUACGAGGACAACGACUACGAUACUCAGAUGAUCCAGUGUGCCAAGUGUAACCACUGGGUGCACGCCAAGUGCGAGGGGCUGUCAGACGAGCUGUAUGAGAUCCUGUCCAGUCUCCCGGAGAACGUUCUGUACGCCUGCAGACCCUGCAGCGAGGGCCGGCCCAGCCUGUGGAGGGAGGCUCUGAGCUCGGAGCUGCAGGCCGGGAUCAAGAACGUGCUGCUGGGCCUGCUGAGCUCCAGACUCACCCUGCACCUGCUGCACUGCAGAGAGUGCUCGGAGCAGACGGAGCGUGACAGCGGCUUCGAGGGCAGCCCGGCCUGUGACCUGCAGGCGGUCGGCAAGAAGUUUGACAAGGGCCUCUACACCUCCGUGAAAGCUUUCCACGAUGACGUCGUCCAUGUGAUCCGGACACACCUCGAGGAAGAAGCGAAACUCCCGCUGGAAGAGCGCAGCACUUCGCUGGCCAGGUCCUUCUACCUGAAGCUGUUGGAGAGUUUUUUUGGCUGGUUUAACGCCCAGGAUCCCAAAGCGUGGGACCCCUGUUCCAAGACCCUCCCAAACGGCAUUCUCCCGAACGCGGUGCUCCCCCCCUCCGCGGAGCACGUGUACGCGCAGUGGAGGGAGCGCGAGGGCCAGCGCACGCCCGCGGAGCCCCGAGCCGCCGCACAGGAUCGCAAGCCAGACCCGACGAGCGAGCCACAGAGGACACCCCUGUGCAGGUCCGAGGGCAGGGCAGCGAGAGACAACAAGCCCAAAGGGAGGAGAGGACGCCCCCCUCACAUUGAGCCGGAUACCAGCUGGAGCAAAGAGGACCAGAGGCAGUGCUGUCUGUGCCUGAAGUACGGGGACGACCGAUCCAACGAUGCGGGCCGGCUCCUGUACCUGGGCCAGAACGAGUGGGCUCACGUGAACUGCUCCCUGUGGUCCGCGGAGGUGUUUGAGGAGGACGACGGCGCGCUGAUGAACGUGCAUGCGGCCGUCGCGCGCGGGAGGCAGAUGCGCUGUGAGAAGUGCCACCAGCCGGGUGCCACGGUAGGCUGCUGCCUGACGUCCUGCCAGGGAAACUACCACUUCAUGUGCGCCCGCUCCCGAAACUGCGUCUUCCAGGAAGACAGGAAGGUGUACUGCCAGAGGCACCGGGAGCUCACCAGCGGCAAGACCGUCUCGGGCGAGGGUUUUCAGGUGCUGCGCCGGGUCUACGUGGAUUUCGAGGGGAUCAGCUUGAAGAGGAAGUUCCUGACUGGCCUGGAACCCGAGUCCAUCAACAUGAUGAUCGGUUCCCUGCAGAUUGACAAACUGGGCGUUUUGACGGAGUUGUCUGUCUACCAAGGGAAGCUGAUUCCAGUCGGAUACCAGUGUUCACGGUGGUACUGGAGCACCCUGGACCCCAGGAGGCGCUGCAAGUACACCUGUCGAGUGACGGAGGUCCGACCGCCAGCCGUGGAGAAACCAGUUGAAGAGACUCCGGAGCAGGGAGACAACCACACCAUUGCACACAGCCCCAGUGCAACCCCAGAUCCAGCGCCUGAGAGAGAGAUGCCCCUGCCCGUGGAGACUCCGUCAAGCCCGCUGGCUCCGGUUUCUAAACCCGAGUCUGGGGCUCGUAUUAAAAUCAGCGGCUACUCCCAGACCCGCCGGCCAGCGGGGGGGCUCUACCGGCCCCUUCCAUCGCCAGGGAGUGCCCAGUCCAAGUCCCAUCACAUCCCGACCGUCAGCGACCUGGACGAAACGACCAUAACCAGGCGGCCGCGAAGACACAGCCCGCUGUCCCACCACGCUGCGCCCCGGGGCCGGAUGGCCUCCCCGCCUUUAGGAGGCAGCACCCCUCACUCCUCGGGACCCAUAACUCUCAGGGCGGGAGCUUUGCACUCUAAAGCUGCCGGCCUGUCCCCUUACGAGAAUCCCGUGACCUCCCCCCAGUCCCGUUCCGGCAGUCGCUCUACCUCCGCCAUGAUUGUUUUGGGGUCUACAGCGGCUGCUGUUUCUGCCCACCUGUCUACCUCAGAGUCGCCCCUCCACGGCUGGCAGGGCAGCAGUCCCAAAGCCGGGGGCGGUGGCUUGUGUUUCUCCCCCCUGGGCCCCGGGAGCCAGCUCCCCAAACCGAAGCCCUUCGACUCGGAGUUCGGGAUCCUCCACCAGGACUCCCCGGAGGUGCCCCACGACUUCCUGGAGCCCUCCGACACGGACCUGGCCGGAGCCAACGGCUCUGCCUCCUCUCCGAGCCGCGCUGGCCCCGGGCAGGAAGCGCGGGUCGUCUGCGAGCAGGAGUUCCCCUACGCUCCCCACUUCGACGUGGAGUCUGUCCUGAACGUGGCCGAAGACCUGGAGUUCGACGAGAGCCUCCUGAAUGACGACCUGGCCUUGCACUGCGGGGCCCACAUCGUGGUCGGGGAGGUGGCAGAGAACCAAGACCCCGAUUUCGGUGCAGGCAGCAACCAAAAACGAGCGCUCAUCAGAGCCAGACCGCAGGGGGGUGCAGAGGACUGGGGGAACUCUUCAUCCGAUGAGGACAUGGAUAACUAUUACGACUUCACCCGCACUGUGGUUGCCCACGGGCCCCCUAGAGAGGCUGGGGAGGCGGCGGCUGCAGCAGAACCCCCAUCUCGAGGGGCUAUCGGCCAGCUGGAUGGCGUGGAUGACGGUACAGAAAGCGACGCCAGCGUGACCCCCGCGACCGACGGGUCUAAAACCUCCAAGACCAUCGUCGGCUCGUCCGCGGACCAGAAGGCACCUGGGCCGGCCGGGUUUUCGGACGAUGUGGAAACGUCUCCGCCGAGCAACGGGCUGGAGAAGGAACAACAGUCCGCAGCGCCCCGGUGUCCGACGCCUACCGUGAGCGCGACAACGGCGCCGGUGGAAUCGACGGAAGCCGCUGCAGAGACAUCCGAUCACUUGAAGGCUUCUCCUCCUCCUCCAGGCACGGCAGCGUCCGAGGAGGCUGCCUCCCAUCCCCAGCUGGGCAGUCCGUCCAGCGCAGAGGCCUGUGCGAUGGACCCGGCUCAGGAAAGCAGCCUUUCGUCCUCCGAAGCUCCCAGCCAGGCGUUGGAAGCUCCAGUCCUUGGUGAUUCCACGUCUAAGGAAGCACCGUCUGAGAGCGUUGAUCUUCAAACCUCAAUGAAGUCAGCUAAGGCUCCGGCACCUUUGGAUACCUCCUCCUCCUCUUCUUUGCUUCCAGAAGCUUCCAAGGAUGUUUUUCUGGAUCCAAGCAGUGGACACUUUGUCUCCGCGGAGGACGGCUCCCUGGUGUCUUUCGAAACCCCGGAGCGCAGCGCUUCACAAUCGCUUGGAGCGGAUCGCUCGGAUCCCCCUAAAGAUGGCAGUCUCUCCUCCACGCAGCUUUCUGUAGCGCCCCCUGAAGCGAGUAGUAGUAGUUGUAGCAGCAGCAGCGUCCCAGUUGCACAGCCCUCCGCAGAAGCUCCUAAAACCACCCAUGUUACAGCCACUGCCCCUCCUAAAAUCAGCACGGGACCAGUUACACAGGCUUCAGCCUUUAUUCAAGCAAGCCAUGUUCCAGCAACUGCAGCAUCAGUAGUGCCGCCUGGUAGGACGACCCAUGCCCCAAUAAUACUGGCUUCGAAAGACCAUCUCAAACCCGCGCCUGCGAUGCGCUCCCUUGUGACUCCUCCUGCCCCCCAGACCACCCAGCCCCCGCAGUCUCAGCUCCCCAGAGGUCUGGCUUGCGUUUCCACUGCCAGCUCGGUUACCCUGGCGUCGUACAGCCAGCUGUCUCUGCCCAUGUUCUCCUCCUCCCAUUCUGUGCCUCCGGGGACCCCCGCCGUUACCAUCGUUUCGUCGGCCCACGCUGGAGUCCAGAGCCCGGAAGUGAAGAGAAGGGAGGUAGCGCUCUGCCAGCCCGUCAGACCCGCCGCUCCCAUAUUGAUUAACGGCUACAGCGCCGCUGUCCCAGUUUCCAGGGAGCAGCCGCAGCCUCCGCCUCCUAGAGGCCGCGUGAUCUCCCUCAACCUCAGCGCCCCGCAGCCCCAAGCCGCGGCCCCCGCGCUAUCGGGGCACACCCUGCUCACCGUGAGGGAGGUGGGGGGCCAGAACCCGGACGGCAACCCUCAGGUUCUGCUGGUCAACAAGUUCGGCCAGAUCUUCGUGAAGAACCCCACCGACAACACUUUCCAUCUCCCCGGGGCCAACUCGCCCUCCCUCAGCUUCAUCGGGCAGAUCAAGUCCCUGCUUCAGAGCAACGCCCUCGCCAGCACUCUGGCGGCUUCUGGGAACCUCUCCGCCAUGGGGGGAGGCCAGGCCGUCCACCACAGCCCUCUUUCCCCAGUCGGGGUCGGAGCUGCUGCUGCUGCCCCGGCUGCUGUUGCUGCUUCUAGUUCCACCCUGGUGCAGCGCCUCGCACCUGGUCAGGGCCCCGCGGCUCGGUACCUCGCGUACUCCAGCAAUGGUGGGGCGGCGCCCAGCGCAGAGAACCUCCAGAAAGCGCAGAAGAAGCCCAAAAAGAAAAGGCCGUCCCCAUUAAAGGCGUCGGACUCCCUGACGAAACCAGCGUCGGUCUCCGUCUGCCAGUCUAACCUGGGGCAGCUCUACGUCCAGUCGCAGCCGACUCCGCCCCCGGGCCCUGUCGGGGUUCCGUCGUGGACCGUCCGCGACCCGAUGAUGAACCUGCUGCCCGCGGUCAACCUGGUGGCCGGCAGGAGCACCGGGAUGUGGAGCCCGCCUCCGCCCAGCGUGGGACCCCGCAUCCUGAGUGCGACCCCCAGCUCGGGACCUCUCUUCAGGGUCCCUCCAGCCCUGAGCCGGGCCAACGCGCUCAACCCCUCGGCCCCCGGGUUGCUGGAGCCGGUGCCCUUUACGCUCGCCGCCCUCCAGAGGCCUCGAACCCAAGUUCGAAUCAAGAGGGUCUCCUCGCUGUCGGACCGCAUCUCCGUCAAGAAGUCCAAGAUGGAUGUGGAAGCCGUGCAGAGAGCCGGCUUGCUGGAGAACACCCAGCAUGCUGUCAGCGGCUUCACAUCCUCCAGCAGUAAACUGUGCCGAGUCCGCAUGAAGACCCCCACGGUGAAAGGGGUGCUGGAUUUGGACAAGCCCAGAGAGGAGAGGCUCAGUGAUUUGGAGAACACGGGACCUGCACCUUGGGACUCUUCCCGGCUCCCUGAUCCCAAGAACGAGAGGCUGAGGGACUGGCACGGAGUGGGAAAGAGUUCCCUGACGGACUGGACUAAAUACUCCGGCGCCGCGUCGAGCUCCGAUGAGGAGGGUCUCUUUCCCGAACCCGAGGAGGAAGGGGGGGCGUCAGCGAAGGACCGGCCCCACCUUUGCUUCGAGAUCAAGAGUGAAGACGGCUUUCACAUCCAGGCGGACAGCAUCGAAGUGGCCUGGAGGGCGGUGGUGGAGAGGGUGCAGGAAGCCAGAGCUGCUGCCAGACUCAAGCAGCUCUCCUUCGCAGGGGUGAGCGGGGUGCAGAUGCUGGGAAUGGUUCACGACGCUGUGCUUUUCCUGGUGGAGCAACUGUUCGGAGCCAGUCUCUGCUCCCGGCACAAGUUCUGCUUCCACAAGCAGGAGGACCUGGAGGAGGAGCUGCCCAUCAACCCCAGCGGCUGUGCCCGGGCCGAGGUGUACCUCAGGAAAUCCACUUUCGACAUGUUUAACUUCCUGGCCUCCCAGCAUCGGCAGCUCCCGGACAUCGUGGCCUGUGACGAGGAAGAGGACGAGGUUCCUCUCAAGUCCACCAGACGGGCCACCAGUCUGGAGCUCCCGAUGGCCAUGCGGUUCCGGCACCUGGAGAGGACGUCGAAGGAAGCCGUGGGAGUCUACAGGUCUGCUAUCCACGGGCGAGGUCUCUUCUGCAAGCGCAAUAUCGACGCCGGGGAGAUGGUGAUAGAGUACUCAGGAAUCGUCAUCCGCUCCGUGCUGACUGACAAACGAGAGAAAUACUACGACAGCAAGGGGAUUGGCUGCUACAUGUUUCGCAUCGAUGACUUCGACGUGGUGGACGCCACGAUGCACGGCAACGCGGCGCGCUUCAUCAACCACUCCUGCGAGCCCAACUGCUACUCGCGGGUCAUCAACGUGGAGGGCCAGAAGCACAUCGUGAUCUUCGCGCUGCGCCCCAUCUACCGGGGAGAGGAGCUCACCUACGACUACAAGUUCCCAAUCGAGGAUGCCAGCAGCAAACUGCACUGCAACUGCGGGGCCAAGCGCUGCCGUCGCUUCCUCAACUAGAGACUCCCAGAGAGGGGCUGGAGUCCAGGGAGGGACGGGGAACAGAGACUCCCAGGGAGGGACGGGGAACAGAGACUCCCAGGGAGGGACGGGGAACAGAGACUCCCAGGGAGGGACGGGGAACAGAGACUCCCAGGGAGGGACGGGGAACAGAGACUCCCAGGGAGGGACGGGGAACAGAGACUCCCAGGGAGGGACGGGGAACAGAGACUCCCAGGGAGGGACGGGGAACAGAGACUCCCAGGGAGGGACGGGGAACAGAGACUCCCAGGGAGGGACGGGGAACAGAGACUCCCAGGGAGGGACGGGGAACAGAGACUCCCAGGGAGGGACGGGGAACAGAGACUCCCAGGGCGGGACGGGGAACAGAGACUCCCAGGGCGGGACGGGGAACAGAGACUCCCAGAGGGGGACAGGGAACAGAGACCCACCGAUAGGGGCUGGAGUCCAGGGAGGGACGGGGAACAGAGAACAUAGUUGGGGUUCGGGGAUCAUAGAGUGUAGAGAGGCCAAGACAGACCCCCCCCCCGUGUCCUGUCCCGUUUUUUAGGGUCUGGAUUUCAACAACUUAAGAUAAGCUAUUCCAAUAUUGGUGCUAAUCGAGGAGGGGGCUGUGAAAGCAGACGGGAAGUGUGUAUCGCCCCCUGCAGGCAGAGGCACUCUAGAGUCUCUCACUCUCGUUACUGCUCAUUUGACGGGCUCUUUUGCGUUGCCGCUGUUCCUCCAUAGAUCCGCAGAAAGGUACCCCUUACAUACGCUCUGAAAAAAACAACAUUUUAUAAAGCACUUGUUCUCAACAAAGGUUAUCGUUACUGUUAAAGGAACGCCUGCUUAGAUGUUUGGUACUGUAUCUGUUAGCUUGAUACUUGGGGAUAAUGAAAGGGUCUGCUUCUCUGUCCUCUCGUUCUUCGUUCUUCUAGCUAAAAAAGCCACUGCCUGGUAGGAAAUCUCGGAGAUGGUGCUAAGCUUUCUCACUAUCUCUGUUCCCCUCCCCAAACCGACCUGACUGUGCAGUGCGACGUCCAGACUGGCCAUGCCGCUGCUCACAACACUAAAGCACGCUGGGUUUCUCUGGCUGCGUGGCUGAGCUCGGAUCCAUUGGAGUUCAGGGUCUAUCAGGUGUGGAGAUACUUGGAGCUUAUAAACUGGUUGACACUCUCUUCUGAUGGCAGCUUUUUUUGAUAAUCAGCCUUUUUUUUUCCCUCUCCUCUAAACCAGGGGUGGGAAUGUGAGCGGACUCUCUCUGCGCAGAGUCUCGUUUAAUUUUAAUUUUUUUUUUACGAUAAGUAAAUAACAUUUACAAAUUUAACUGUAAACAAAAUGAUCAUACUUUUUGUGGUGGAUUUUACAGCUCAGGACAUUCUGCGCUGAGAUUAUGAGAAUUAAAACGAGCGUGUUUUUUAUUAUUUUUUUGUGUUGCUGUUGAAAAAAAAAAUACUACGAAUUCCGUCAGGUUUUGGAAACUCUGCGGACAGAGAACUGCUUCCGCUACAAAACAAUGUCAGCUUUUGUAGAUGGUACUGGAGGAGUGGGGGGUUCUUUCAGUGGUGGGGUGUCUGACCUUUGAUCCCUUUCUCCUGCUUCUUGAAAUGUUUCCUCGGCACGGACAGUAGGAUCUUUUGCACAGCAAUAUCUGGUACUUGGAUCAGGAGACGAGAGCGUGUUGUUUAUUUUUUUUUGCACCAGUUGGGUUGUAGCAGCGAUGCUGGGAUAGAGGUUUGUGUUUUAGAUUUAACAUCUGUUUCAAACCCUUGAUUUGAAAGGCCCUUCUUCGUAACCCCCUCCCUGGGAGGCUCUGAGGCAGGACUGCCCUGGCAGUGCCCCCCUGGUACAGAACAGUCUGUGGUCAGAGUGGUGACUCCCUGGCGGUGACUCCCUUGUGAAAGACCCUACCUCAAUAGCCAACGACAAGCAGGGCACAGGGCUGCCAUCUGUCUGUGCAAUGAAGGAAGUGAAUCACUCGUUACAUGCUUAAAUACACACAUACACACACGCAUACACACACACACAGAUAUAUCUCAAGACACGAGAUACGUGACUAAGUUUAAUUUUUAAACAACAAAAUGUUUUUGUGAACUGGCUUUGUUACCUUGUAUAAAACAAACAAACACAGAAAAUCUCGUUUUGUACAUAGUUGUAUAAAUAUUUCUAAACCAGUUUAAUUUUUCUAUGCACUUUUUCUUAUUUAUGAUGUCAUUUGCCCAAUAAAGAUGUUAAGAUGUUUGAAGAAAAAAAAAUGAAAUGACCCCGAGUCUCGCCUGUCU